UUCAUUCCAAACUCAUACUUUGCAUUCCACCUUUACUGUCAAACCAGGAGAAAUAUUACCGAUAGCAAAAUCGCGCCAGAAUUGCAAGUUUGAAAAUUAAGCUUUCCUCUGAAUGACGACUCGACAGUGUUGCAUCUAUUUCUGAAAUAAGCAAGCGAGGAUUGGACCUCCAAGUUCCCAUAAACUCAUUUUGGGAAUAAAGCAAGUUUUAAUUUGUUGGAAGAGUGACAUCGAUUGAAGCCACGACUGAGAGGAAUACUUUCACCCAAACUUCUCAACUGCACUCAACGUUCCCCUCCCCCUCCCCCCCUCUCCGGUUAAGGAAAGAGGCCGGGCCCUGGGCCCUGGUGUUGCCGUCACCAUUGCGUCCAACGAGUGGAGCUCCAAUGGCAGCCCAGAGGGGCUGGACGACGGGCAGGAUGAGCUGGAGAAGGCCAUGGACGGGGACGCGGAGGGCGUGUGGUCGCCCGACAUCGAGCAGAGCUUCCAGGAGGCGCUGGCCAUCUACCCGCCCUGCGGACGACGCAAGAUCAUCCUGUCCGAUGAGGGGAAGAUGUACGGACGAAAUGAGCUGAUAGCCAGGUACAUCAAGCUGAGAACAGGGAAGACCCGAACGCGGAAACAGGUGUCUAGUCACAUACAGGUGUUAGCGCGGAAGAAAGUGCGGGAGUACCAGGCGGGCAUUAAGGCCAUGAACCUGGAUCAGGCUUCCAAAGACAAGGCCCUGCAGAACAUGGCGGCAUUAUCCUCAGCCCAGAUUGUGUCUCCAAACCUGAUCAAGAGCCAGCUGCCUCCGCUACCCCAGGGCCCCUACCCGACACAGGCCAGGUUCUGGCCAACAUCUAUCCCUGGACAACCUGGGCCUUCUUCUCAGGACAUCAAGCCAUUUGCUUCUCCCUACACAAGUAUCGCAGCCCCUGUACCCUCAGCCAUCCCAUAUUCUGUCCUGAAUUCCCCUGUCCCCCCUCCCUAUGUAGCGUACGAGCCCCUAGUCCCCCCCGGGCCCCCUGCGGCCACCGCCGUCCCCGUGUGGCAGGACCGCACCAUCGCCUCCUCCAAAUUGCGCAUGCUGGAGUACUCCGCCUUCAUGGAGGUGCAGCGGGACCAGGACACUUAUAGCAAGCAUUUGUUUGUGCACAUCGGGCAGACCAACCCGUCCUACAGCGACCCCCUGCUGGAGGCGGUAGACAUCAGGCAGAUCUACGACAAGUUCCCAGAGAAGAAAGGAGGCCUCAAGGAGCUCUACGACAAAGGCCCUACCAACGCCUUCUUCCUCGUCAAAUUCUGGGCGGACUUAAACAGCAGCGGCAUGCCAGACGGGCCCGGAUCCUUCUACGGCGUGAGCAGCCAGUACAGCAGCCCCGAAAACAUGAGCAUCACUGUGUCCACCAAAGUCUGCUCCUUUGGCAAACAGGUGGUGGAGAAGGUGGAGACGGAGUAUGCUCGUCUGGAAGGGGGGCGGUAUGUGUUCCGGAUCCACCGCUCCCCCAUGUGUGAAUACAUGAUCAACUUCAUCCACAAGCUCAAACACCUCCCAGAGAAAUACAUGAUGAACAGCGUUUUAGAAAACUUCACCAUCUUACAGGUGGUGACGAACCGGGAGACCCAGGAGACGUUGCUGUGUAUAGCCUUCGUGUUUGAGGUCUCCACGAGUGAACAUGGGGCUCAGUAUCAUGUCUAUCGACUGAUAAAGGACUGACACCAGACAGAGAUGGCGAAGGGGGUGGGCAUAACGAACUGAACUAAAAUGGCCGUCCCAUGUGAGGCGCCCACGUGACAAACUGCCCAAUAGCUAAUCCCGACCCAUACCAAAAAAAGUCCCAAGAGUCGAUACACACAACAAGGCUAAUGUGUUUGUCAGUCUCCUCAACGAUCACUGUGGAAGUCGGAAUGUGUGGAUGAACUUUUCAAACCAUAAGAAAGGAUCACUUAAAUGUACAGACAGUUUGGUUGAUAUCUUUUUUUUUACCACAACACAUAUUUAUAGUCUACAAAUUGAUGGAUUUGUUUCUUUAUGUACACAACUAUUACAUUGCUUUCUGAGGGUACUGGAAGUUGAGUUUUUUAGGAUGAUGGAUAAGAAAGUACAUCAUUUCUCCACAAAGGCAAGACAAUUAUUUUACUCUCUAAUAAGAGUUAUUUUGCUUGGAGGCAGAGAGUCUUGCAGAGAGUCAAAGAAAGGUUUACAUGCAUUGUAGUAUUUAAGACAUUAGUGAUCAACAAAAUGGCGACACUCAGUGUUGUUUUUGCAUUUGUUAUUAUUUGUUUGCUUUUUAAGUGCUAAGUGUAACAGGGCUGAUGAUGCCUCUGUCCAAAGAUGAGAUUUUUGCUGACGCGCCAUUCUGAAGUGCCUUGUUUUGACUACCUCCUGAUGUGUGUGGGCAGAGAAAGAGAGAGAGAGACAACUGUGGAGUAAGAAGACACAGUAUGGUACUCUCUCUGCCUCAUCUGGUCUCGGAACACAAUCUACAUGAGUGCCUUUACCCAGCUGCCCCCCGCUCACAAGUGUUUUUGACCACCCCACCCCAAUACCACCCAGACCCCCCAUACCACCCAAUUCCCCCCCUCCCCCCAACCUCUGGACUUUUUUUUACACAGAACAAAGUGCCUUGUUGUGCUCCAUCCACCACCCCUUGGGCUCACUCACGUCUUCUGCUAGGGACAUGCGUCACAAAGAUUUUAAGGUGCCAGCCACGUCAGAUGGGGAACAGAUCUCUAUCCGAGCUCCUCUCAUUGUCUGCCUAAAUCAGAUGAAGCUCCAUUCUCCAGGGCUUGGUACAGUGCGGUACAGUGCGGUUCGGUACGGUGUGCACAUGCUCAGUCCUGCAACGGAGCUGCUCUCAGACCUGUGAAGUUGCAGCACCUUAAACCUGGGGACAUACCUCUCCUAAAAUAUUGAUCGGAAAGUUAACUCACUGAACCUUUUUGGCCACAAUUUCACAUGACAUAAUGCAUGACAGAUGGUCUUUUUUAUUUACUACCAUUGGUUUUCCAUAAUUGUCUGGUGUUUGUGAGUCAUGAAAUGCCUGUGUGUUUCAGUUGAAAUAAUGCAUUCGAGCGUGUCUUCUUGACCGGUGUCCAGUGGCCUCUUAGUAAUGGACAAGUCCAACCAACUCAGCUCGAUGACAGCAACUUUGUGCUGCGUACAACAGAAUGCUUAGACUACAGUGCAGUAUUUGGCAAAGCAAACAUUUUGGAGUUGAAAAAUAUUUGUUGUUACUCAUUUAUUUAAAUAUGUAGGGGUUGUGUGUGAGUCUGUGUGUACGGUACUCUGUGUGUGUGUGUAUGUGUGUGUGCGUGUGUGCAUGUGUGCGUGUGUGCGUGUGUCUGUGUGUGUGUGAAUGUGUGUCUUUACAAGCUAUGAAAACCAUGAGCAUGUGACAGCGGUGCUGCAGGAAACCGGCCAAGCUUUGGAGGAAGUACAACACUCAUGCCAACAGCAUAAGGAAGUGGAAACUUAUAAAACCUUCACCACCCAGCCCUUUAAAAUCAGAAACGAAUAUUCAGCAUUCAGCACAUAUUGCAGUAGUGAUGUUUUUUUUUUGUUUAGACCGAGACGUCAGAUGGUACAACAACAGCUAAUGCCCCAAUAUAUUAAUUACUAAUUGGUAAUUAAUGUGCUGCAAUGAACAAUGCCUCUUAAAUGAUUCACUAAAACACUUUUACGAUAAUCCAUACAAUAGUGGCAUUAGCUGCGGUUGCACCACCCUGACACGUGAUACUACUAAAACGUUAAUAACCCAUCCGUAUCCAUGGUCACCACACAUGUCUCCUAAAUGGUACUUCUUUCUUUUUUUUCUUAUUUGUCUUUUUUUGGGCUCAUUCUGGCCUGAGCACACAAUUGGCCAUGUGACGAGGGUAUUUGUGUGUUUUUGCGUGCGUGUGCGUGUGUUGUGUAUUGAGUUCUGAAAGACUGUAAGGAUGACUGACAACCCCAUCUCUCAGGGCAUCCAUCCUUAGAAAUCAGCAGAGGUGUCAAAAGUAAAAGUUAAAAAAGAGUUUUCUUCCAACACAGGUAACUUAUCUCUGUAACCUAAACCUGUGUGCUUGGCUUACAAUCAGCGGACUCUGCUCUGGUUUUAUCAAGUUUGUGAUGGGUCCUUGUUAGGGUUUUAGUGUUUUUCAGUAACAACAUAUCUAUCUCAUUAGGUACAGUUGAGUAAACGCUUUGUAAUAUCAUAUGCUAGUGUUGUACUUACACUAUGGAUUUACUUUUACUUUGACUUUUGACACCUCUGGAAAUAAUAGGUGAUGUUGUGUAACUAAUCAUAAUUAAUUAUGUGUUAAGCAGAAUACUGACAUAUCCUCUCCCCUUUGGUUUUGUGAGCUAAGGUGCUGUUUCCGUGUAGCAGGAUUUUUUUUUUAGCAGGGUAUUUUUUUCUCCUACUUUUUAAUAUCUGGAUUUUAAAUAUCUGCUACGUGGAAACGGAAGGCCAAAACCAAUGUAACCAGGAGAAAAAAAUAUCCACAUAUAAAAGUAUCCUGCUACGUGGAAACAGCUCCUAAAUCAAAAUGUCCUGACUUGAACUAGAGGUUUCCCUAAUUGAACAAAGCUCUGAUCAGUGAGAGUAUAGCUGGCAUGUUUUCUGAGAGGGAGCAAAUCACUGGCAAAAGUAGAAGUAGGAGAAUGGUUACUUUGUUUUUUAAGAGUAUGGCGUGAGGAGCCGAACCACUGUGAAUUUUUACUGAAUGUACUUAGUCAUGGUAGGCAAGGUGUUGAUGGUGUCUGACAUCUGACAAGCUGCAGACUAAUGUGUGUACGUAUGUGUGUGUGGACAUUGAAUUGGCCUAAUUAUGCCAUAUGCACAGUACAUUUUGUUUCUUAAUGGCCGAAAUUAUGUUGAGACACUGGCUUUGGGCUUUUCCAACGCAAAAAAAGCCACCGUUUAACAGUAUUUAUUAUGGGGGAGUGAAAUACAUUGGAUUCCUUAAGAAUGAUAUCAAGCAACUGCCAAAGUUAUUAUGUGGUCUUUCUGCAGUGAUAACACCACACACUCAAAUAUGACAACAACAUAGUGACAACAACAAAACCAAUAGAUGACUCUCUGCACUGUUUUCAUAAUGUGUCACAUGAGAGAUAGCCCUUUAUAUGGUACUGGUCAUUUUUCAGGCUCCAGGCCACUGCUGAUGGUCAAAUGUCAUGAUGUCACCAUCUGUCUGAAAGCCUGAUCUCUCCUGAUUAAUUUGAUAUAACACACUUGGUUGCACAACCUUGUAGAGAGGCAUGGCUGGGACAUCUGUAAUAGGUGGGGAAGUGAUCAAAUGUAGUCACUCGCCCUUUAAAGGGUUAAUGUGUGGCAGAGUCUUUGGAACAGUGGGGCGGGUGUUAGCAUCCACACAGACUUUAAUCGUGCCGGGCAGAUGCUCACAAAAAGGCGGGUGGCAGGAAUGUUUUGUUACAAAAGCAGGUAGCAGAGCAGAGGAGCCGCCUCCCAACGGGUGCACUGUAAAAAAAAAAAAAAAAAGUUCCCAAAAGAACCAAAGUCUGCCUCUGUGGACCCCAUAAAAGUUAUCUGACCAUCAUCAAGGUUCUUUGUGGAACCUAUAUGACAAGUUGGCUCUUGGAAGAACCCCAAGGUUUUCUUGAAGGUUCCUCAUAGAAUCCAGGAACCCAAAGGUCCUUUGAGGAACCUUCAGUUGCCAUGGUAGGGGAACCCAUAAGAUUAUCUGAGGAACCAUCAGAAUUUUUCCCAGAACGUUUAGGUUCCUCAGAGAACUUAGGUUCCCCCAUCAUCAGGGCUGGACUGGUAUUCUGGCAUAGGCCUGCACAGGGCAUCUUCCCGGUGGGCCGACAGUCAUCAGGGGCUGAUGCCUUUUUAUUUUUUUAUGUGGGUGUUUAAAUUUUUCACCCAGAGACCGGCCCACAAUUAAGAUUGGGAAGCUCAUCGUUGCAUCUUAAAUAUGCAGAAGAUUGAGCCCAUCAUAAUUGUAAAAUGGGGGUGGGGGUGAGAGGCUGGUCUGUGCCAAAAAUGCCCAGUCCAGCCAUGCACAUCAUGGUGCGACUGAAGGUUUUUUUGAGGAACCUUCAAAUUUGUACAGUGUAGGGUCAUUUUCUGACUCUGCCCAUCACACCACAUUGAGUACAAGAACUCAGAAAAGCUUAAAGUGACCGCUGCCUUGUGUAGGUUUUUUUUUUUUACUGGCUCUUGUUUUUGUAUUAUUAAUAUUAUUGUUAUCAUUAUUUUAAAUAUUAUAUUUUUUGUUUGUUUUGUGCUCCUUGACUUUCAAUGGAUGCUGUUUACUUCCUUUGAAAAUUGUGUGUUCAUAUUUGAGACAUGUUGCUUUCUAAAUGGUGUGGGUGUUAUUUUGUUUGUUGACUGUUUGUAUCCGUUUGUCUUCCACUUUUCAAAUUAUGGUUCAAUGUGGCCUUGGUUACCAACUGUGCAUUGUGAUCUUGUAUAUUAUGUUAAAUGCAAAGUAAGGGGUGUGUAUAAUAUAAUCAUAAUGACACAUAUAAUCUUCCAAUAAAAGGGUCAUGGUUCGACAUGGGCCAGUUUUAUU